UGACGACCUUUUGUUUUAAUAAUAGAAAUGUUAAUGUUAUUGUUGUAAGCAAAGAAAAGAAGUCAAACGAAUGGUUAUUUGUAAACUUUUGCGAACAUUUUCACCUUUUGCGACUGUAAUUUUACGCAAAGAACACAAAAUUAUCUUUUCUGCACCGUUUUUGCCAAAGAGGCUUUGUGUAAUGGAUUCAAGGAGCCCUGAGCUAAAUUCCGUGCCAAAAGUAGACAUCGAUCCUGAAGGAGUUUUUAAGUACAUUCUUUUGAAUGUACAUACAGCUGAUGCCGAAGCUGAGGGUGCGUCCGUUACCAUCUUGAGGGGUUACAAAAGAUGCAACUACCAUUCGGAUAUUUAUGAUGAGGUCCAGGAAAAACUAAAGCCGUUGGACUGUGAACCGCUUGGUGGUGGUAGAAUAUCCCAUGAACCUAAGGAAAAGAAAAUUCACAUCUAUGGUUAUUCACAAGGCUAUGGCAAAGCUGAUCAUGAAGUUGCAGCCAAACUGAUCAAAGAUGCAUACCCUGGAUACAAAAUCACUAUCAGUGAUGAAGGGUACUAACUGUGGCUUAUUCUUUACUGCUUUUUUAAGUGCUUAUAAAAUAAGUUAGCUAUCUUUUUUAAAACAUAUUCAUAUUUAUUACAGUAAAAUAAAAUGUCA